AUGGGGAUAGGCAUGGCCUUGAAUCUUCAGAAGCAUCUCGCAUCGAAGGGUCUGCCACCUCUUCGUUACAGCAAUCGGACACUCUCUCGAGGGGAGACUCUUCGAGAAGCUGGAGGUCUUCCCGAAAGAGAUUUCGAGACUUUGGUCCUGAAGUCAUCCGUGAUCUUCACAAUGAUCUCAAAUGAUGAGGUUCUGGAUAGCCUUGUAUCGAAGGUUCUCGACACUUGGAGCAGCGCCUUACUCGAAGGCAAGAUCUGGGUUGACACAUCAACCGUCCACCCAGAUACGGCGGCAAAGUGCUCCGAACGCCUUGCUAAAGUAGGCGCCACGUUUGUUGCGUCCCCUGUCUUCGGGGCUAGUCCUAUGGCGGCCGCUGGUCAACUCAUCUUUGCCAUGGCCGGCCCCUCCGCUGCUAUUGGAAAGCUGAGGCCCUUCGUAGUCGAUGUUAUGGGCAAGAGCAUAAUAGAUAUGGGAGAAGAUGUCCGCAAAUCAAGCUUGCUCAAGAUAUCAGGAAACAUCUUUGUCAUUGGCUUCCAGGAGCUGACCGCCGAGGCGCAAGUCUUUGCCGAGAAAACCGGGCUCGGUACUCGCCAGAUGGAGCAGUUCAUCAGGGACAUGUACGGUCCCGUUAUCGAGAGCUACUCGAAGCGGAUGACAACGGGCGCAUACGCGCCACCCCUGGGGACGCCCCCCGGCUUCGCCGUGUCUCUGGCGGCCAAGGAUGCCGGACACGCGGUGAGGAUCGCCGAGGAGCAUGGUACGAGAAUACCGACUAUCGAAACAGCGUUGUCCCGCAUGGAGGCCGCUAGGAAGUAUGCAGGAGAAUCAUUGGAUAGUUCGUCAAUCUACGGUGCAGCCCGGCUCGAAGCUUCACUGCCUUUUUGGAACGAGAACAGUAGACAGUCUAACUAG